AUGGCUGGACCUUUACCUUACGGCUGGGAGGAACGGUAUGACGAAAAUUACAAACGACAUUACUAUGUGAACGCGUCUACCAAGACUACAACAUGGUAUGACCCGCGAAAAUCGCAAGGUCUUCAUUCCCAACCUCCAUCUGUACAUACAAAUCAUUCUCAAGCAAUGCUGAAUACCGCAUUAACAGGAAAUCCGAAUGGAGAUCCUUUACUCACGGGAUUAGGAAAUGCUGCAAUUGCUGCAUUUGCAAAUCAAGGGCGAGGUCGUGCUAACCCGAAUGCUGGCUCGGUGAAUCCAUCGGCGGCACAAUAUCAAGCGCACAUGGCACAAUAUCAAAAAUAUCUACAACAGUAUGGUGCUUUCAAUCCUCCUGCUAAUACUUUUGGCGGGUUUGAUUUUAACCAACUAAAUAAUGGCCAGUUUACGGAUCCAGCAAUUGGUGCUGAUACGUCUGGAAUAGAUUUCUCGACUAUGUUUGGAACGGAUUUUUCGAAUAUGGGCGGAAUGGAUUCUUCUGUAAUUGAUAUAUGA